UACAAGGCCGUAGGGACUUGUCCUUCUUUUCGACAAAAAAAAAUCCGGCGGCUACUGGUGCGGUCGAGGGGCGAAUGAGGCCCGCAGCUAUUGAAGUGUUUAUGUAUUCCUCUAGUGCUUUGAGUUCGGUGUUCGACACCUUGUACAAACGGGUCGAUGGUAAAGCCGCUCCGGCUAGCAAAUCGAUACCGCAAUCGUAGGGUCGGUGGGGGGGAAGUGAGAGUGCUCUAUCUUUGCUAAACACCGCUCUUAAGUCAUGGUAGUUUGUGGGCACGUUUGUCAAGUCUAUGUUCUCUACAACGGUGGUAGGUGGCGGUGUGUGAGAUCCCGCUGCGGAACGGAGACAAUGUAGGUGGCAGGUAACACUCCAAUUAAUAAUGGCCGAACGAGGCCAGUCUAUGCUCGGGUUAUGCUUCUGUAACCAGGUUAACCCAAGAAUGAUGGGCGCGGACCGUGAUGGCACAAUCAAAAAAAUUAUUUUCUCACAAUGAUUUCCAGACAAGCGCAGGUUGAGUGGGAGUGUCUGGUGGGUUAUGCUGGCUAAUAGGCGCCCAUCUAGAGAAUACACCCUCUUGGGUACACACAGUUUUACAACAGGAAUCUUAUGGAGUCUCAUGAACUCAAAAUCCAAAAAGUUAUCAUCUGCUCCCGAGUCAAUGAGAGCGCAAAUGUCUAUUUGUUGGUUAGGCCAAGAAAGAGUACCUUUUAGCUGCAUUCUGCCUGCGGCCAACGAAGGAGAACGGCGACCUCUGGUGGACGUGUCCUCUGGCGAGUGAGGGCGCGCUCGUGGCCGUGCCGCGGGGCGUGGCAGUUCCUUGCAGCGGGAGAUGAGGUGAUCAGCGCCUCCACAGUAUAGGCAGAGUUGGAGGCGAAAACGGCGUUCCCUCUCAGCGGUGGUGAGUCGACGGCCUCCCAGUUGCAUUGGCUCGUCUAUCUGCCAUGAAGGAGAGGUGUCUUCGAGGACGAGUUGCUCCGUCUUGCAGAUGGCGGGUCUAGCAGGCGCUGAUUGGCUGCUAGGUGGGGCUUGUCUUCCCCGUCGGUCCCUCCUCUCCUCUAGUAGGCGGAAGUCGAUUUGCACCGCCAGCUCAAUAAGAUCAUCCAGGUUCGUCGGGAGUGACAGCGGGAUCAUCAUAUGACGAAUUUCGUCCGCGAGACCCAGGAAGAAGGCGUCCAACAACGCCGAGGGACCCCAGUCACAAUCGGCCGCCAUGGUGCGGAACUCGAUCGCGUAAUCCGCGACCCGUCGUGAACCCUGUUGCAGCCGGAAAAGGGAUCUCGCUGCCUCUCUACCUGGGAGUCGUCGUUGGAAUAUUUGCUUCAAGGACUUGGAAAAGUUCGCGUAUGUGGAGCUGGAGGUGGUCUGACGGUUCCAUUCGGCAGUCGCCCAGGUGCCAGCGCGGCCAGACAGGGGCGUGUUUUAAGACGCUACUGAGCAAAGUCCUGGGGACCGCCAUCAUCUUGGGAUCAUUGAUGGUGAAGUUGCCACAGAUUGUGAAGGUGAUUGCAGCAAAAAGUGCAGAGGGUCUAAGUUUCCCGUCUGUGCUGGUGGAGCUGCUGGCCAUCACAGGAAGCAUCGCCUACGGCAUCAAGAACAGCUUCCCCUUCAGCGCGUGGGGUGAGGCGCUCUUCGUCAUGGUGCAGACGGUCAUCGUCGGCUUCCUCAUUCAGUUCUACACUAAAAGGACAGCCAAAGGUGUUGUUUUUGUGUUGGUGUAUUUGGGAUUGUUGUUUCUCUUGUUGUCUCCACUCACUCCUUCAUCAGUGGUGACCACCAUGCAAGCGUCCAACAUGCCUGCAGUCAUCGUCAGCAGGAUCAUCCAAGGAGUCACCAACUUCCGGAAUGGGCACACUGGCCAGUUGUCUGCUAUGACUGUUUUCAUCUUAUUUGCUGGAUCGCUAGUGCGCGUCUUCACAUCAGUGCAAGAGACCGGGGACACGCUGCUGGUCGUCACCUACGUGGUAUCAGUGGCCUGCAACCUCGUCAUAGUUGUGCAGAUUCUCUACUACUGGAAAAGAACUCAAAAGAUUCUAAACAAAGUACCGGACACUGAAAUGACAACGGUCCAUGAAUAGAUCUUCUUCUUCUCCGUGUCCCAAAAAGGAAAUAAAUGUGAAUAAAUGUUUUAUGCAUCAGCUCAUCCGUGACCUUAACAAAGAGAAUGGAUAUUUAUUCCAAUUAAUUCAUGAUGUAACAUUAUGUUAUGUUACAGGCUUAAUUCCACCAAAAAAUACAAAUAAAAAUAAAUUCUACACACAAUAGCCCAUAACGAC